AUCAACGGGGAUAGUAGCGAAGACUGUUCCUCUGUUUUUGGAAUUAUAAGGAACCCAUGCAUUCUGGCAGACUGUGAUCGGUUUCCACGUAGCAGUUCUUCAUUUUUGGUGCUGAGUGCCAGUCAACGCGCCAUCUCAAGACGGAGGACGAAUUCUUUUUGUUUUCGCAGCGGAAGCGGACAGGGGGAGAGGCAGCAAAGAUGCCAAAACCGAUCAAUGUCCGGGUUACCACCAUGGAUGCGGAACUGGAGUUUGCCAUUCAGCCCAACACCACAGGCAAGCAGCUCUUUGACCAGGUGGUGAAGACUGUGGGUCUGAGGGAGGUCUGGUUCUUCGGCCUACAGUACGUGGACAGCAAGGGCUACAGCACCUGGCUGAAGCUCAACAAGAAGGUGACCCAGCAGGACGUGAAGAAGGAGAACCCUCUCCAAUUCAAAUUCCGGGCCAAGUUCUACCCAGAGGACGUUUCAGAGGAGCUGAUCCAGGAGAUCACCCAGCGCCUCUUCUUCCUGCAGGUGAAGGAGUCCAUUUUGAAUGAUGAGACGUACUGCCCUCCAGAGACAGCCGUGCUGCUGGCCUCCUACUCCGUCCAGGCCAAGUACGCAGACUACAACAGAGAGCUCCACAGGCCCGGAUACCUGACCAACGACCGGCUGCUGCCCCAGAGGGUUCUGGAGCAGCACAAACUCACCAAGGAGCAGUGGGAGGAGAGGAUCCAAGCCUGGCAUGAGGAACAUAGAGGCAUGCUGAGAGAGGACUCCAUGAUGGAGUACCUGAAGAUAGCGCAGGACCUGGAGAUGUACGGCGUCAACUACUUCCAGAUCAAGAACAAGAAGGGAACGGAGCUGUGGCUGGGUGUGGACGCCCUGGGGCUCAACAUCUACGAGCACGACGACAAAUUAACACCAAAGAUUGGGUUUCCCUGGAGUGAGAUCAGGAACAUUUCUUUUAACGACAAGAAGUUUGUCAUCAAGCCCAUUGAUAAGAAGGCCCCAGACUUUGUGUUCUACGCGCCGCGUCUGCGGAUCAACAAGCGCAUCCUGGCGCUGUGCAUGGGCAACCACGAGCUGUACAUGCGCCGCAGGAAGCCCGACACCAUCGAGGUGCAGCAGAUGAAGGCCCAGGCCCGCGAGGAGAAGCAGCAGAAGCAGCUGGAGAGGGCACAGCUGGAAAAUGAGAAGAAGAGACGAGAGUAUGCGGAGAAAGAGAAGGAGAGGAUAGAACGGGAGAAGGACGAGCUGAUCGAGAGACUGAGACAGAUAGAAGAACAGACACUAAGGGCACAGAGAGAGCUGGAGGAGCAGACGCGCCGGGCCCUGGAGCUGGAUCAGCAGAGGAGGAGCUCCCAGGAGGAGGCGGAGAGGCUGGAGAGGGAGCGCAGGGCCGCGGAGGAGGCCAAGGCUGAGCUGGCUAAACAGGCCGCCGACCAGAUGAAGAACCAGGAGCAACUGGCGGCCGAGCUGGGCGAAUUUACGGCCAAAAUCGCGCUUCUGGAGGAGGCCAAAAGGAGGAAGGAAGACGAGGCCACGGAAUGGCAGCACAAAGCUCUGUCGGCGCAGGGGGACCUGGAGAAGACCAAGGAGGAGCUGAGGAGCGUGGUGUGCUCCCCCCCGGCCCCUCCCGUGGGCGGCCCGGCGGAGAACGAGCACGACGAGCACGACGAGCAGGAUGAGAACAGCGCGGAGGCCAGCGCGGACCUGUCCAGCGACGGCGUCACCGACCUCCGGCACGAGGAGGAGCGGCUCACCGAGGCGCAGAAGAACCAGCGCGUCAAACUGCAGCUGCAGACGCUGAGCUCAGAGCUGGCUGAGGCACGAGAUGACACCAAGAAGACGGCCAACGACAUGCUCCACGCGGAGAACGUAAAAGCAGGACGGGAUAAGUACAAGACCCUUCGGCAGAUCCGCCAGGGCAACACCAAACAGCGAAUCGAUGAGUUUGAGUCUAUGUGAGGAGCUUCCUUUCUUGUGUACAGCCCCCCCCCCUCCCCAGAGAGGCUAAAGGGCCUGGGGUUGCCCCUCCACCCCCCUCUGCCUCCCUUGUCUUGCCAAAGGUCCCUCCUCUAACUGGUCAGCCGAUCAGGCCAUUUGUUCAGUUCUACCUGACUAUGGAAUUGGCCAAUCAAACAUAUCCUGUCCAUAUGAACAUUUUUUAUAGUAUUGUAAAGGAUAAUUUAGCCUGGCUGCUGCGAUAUCAAAAAUGAAGAACCUAUUUUAUGAGAGGGGAAAAAAUAUAUAUUGCUUUUACUUAACAUGGCCAUUUUUUUUGCUUUUUGCUUUUGGUAGCAAACUUGUAUGUCUUCAUUUGGAAAAAGAAAAAGAUUCUGUUUUGGAAUCGUAAUUUUUAUCUGUUUUCAUUUGGUUGCUCUAUCCUGUUAUCUGCUUAGUUCAGCAAUUCUGCAACUGUCGUCACUUCAACAGCAGUGUCAGCUUGCAUGUUUUUGUAAGUUUGAGUUUGAACAUGUCUUCAGUUGUUUUUGAGUAUGCCUUUAGUUGUUUUUGAGUAUGUCUUUAGUUGUUGUUUUUUUAACAUUGUCUUCAGUGGUUUUUGAACAUGUCUUUUGUUACUGCGUAUGGGGCCAGAAGGAAAACUUGAAUAUUUUGGGUGUGGGGAAAGGGAAUAUAUGCUCCUUAAUGAAUGAAACAUAGAAUGUGAUAUUCGCUGCUCUACAUGCCAUCAACACUUGUUUAUCAUCCAUUUGAAAUACCCAAUAAUUUGAAAUACCCAAGUAACAAGUACCCAUAUACCCAAACGCCCAAGCAACCAAAUACUGAAAUAUGAAAUACCCAAAUACCCAAUAUCAAAUGUGUGUUUGUGUGUGUGCUUGUGUGCGUGCAUGUGUGUGUGUGUGUGUGUGUGUGUGUGUGUGUGUGUGUGUGUGUGUGUGUGCGUGUGCGUGUGCAUGUCUGUGUAUGUGGGGGAUACACCGGUCUUUUUGGCUGGAAAGUGUACGAACAUACCAGCCCUUAGAAAAGGACGGCUCACUACCUCACUAUUGUUAAAGGAUGUUAAAGGCCAGUCAAACAUUAUAAAAAUUUCCUGUUCCCUGAUCUUUUGAUCUCCCUCCAUUUGUUGGUCAGGGAAACUGUAUAAAGACCUAUUUAUAUCUAUUUUACUACAGUUACUUGGUUGUGUCCACAAUAUUUGGUUCUUAUCCUAAUUCUACCAGGCUGUCUGCUGUUGUUGGACUUGGAUGUGUGAUGUGCACACUUGCACUUUGUAGGGACGUUCACAUAAGGUCAGGUUCAGCGGUGCGUCAGCUUCAAAACUUGUGGGACGAACGGGGAACUCUCAGUAUUGCUUUUGAAUAGUUGCUUUGAUACUUUCUUAUAAUCAAAAAAAAAAAAAAAAUUGAUGGGCUCCAGAUGGUAUAAAUUGUAUAAAUGUUCUACAUUUUUGUAUAAGCAAUAUGGAGUAUCGAUAUGUUUUUAUUUAUACGAGAAAUAUACAUUGUCAGUGUUCAGUGUUGGUAUGAAAAGCUGUUUUGUAGAGCAGUGCGGGUGUGCUCUCUCUGCAGCUAUUCAUAACUGCAGGGCGAUCUCACGGUGUGAGUCUGCACCUGCACAGCUGUGAUGUGGGGUUACAUGGGUAAGUUAUCUGUACCGUCAGGCAUAGAGCGGGCGGGAGUCUCCGGGAAUGUGUCCCCUGCUCCCUGAUACCUGCCUGCCGGCAGAAGUCUCCCACAAAGCAGCCAUCGGUACCACAAGCGGAAGCCAAGUUUAGAAAUUAGCAUUAUCCUAUUGAGAAUUGACAAACCGUGGGGAUUUUAGGUACCGUGCGAGGGAAUCCCUCAGCUCUCAUGAACAACAGGGGGCACCCCAUGCAGUCGGUGUCUCCAAAAUCAUUUUUGGAAGGGUGGGAUGUUUACAUAGAUUCUAGAUGUGGAUAUUCGCUCUUCAUUUUUCCAGCCGUGAAAUAUUGGGGUGUUUUAGACAUGAGACUCCAUGCAGAAGAAGCUUUGUGCUUCUGACUCAGGGCCUGGUUCACUCGCAAAACCAAUAACAUGACCAAUGACUUUGUUACUAGUUUUGUGUGUACUGGCAGUGCGACUCGUCUAAUGGCCGGUGGCGAGUUUUUAAAAGCUGUGAAGAGUUGCUGACAGCUGCAGCUUGGCAGAUUACCCAGCCCACUGGCAGUGUAGCAGGGUGUAAAACCAGUGUGAGGGCUGAGGGUUACUCCUGCACAAAUGGACAUUCUCCAGCAGGGGCCCAGCCUGGCGGGGUACAGUGGGACCUGUCCAAACCCACAGGAUGGGACGGGCCCUGAAACGCACCCCUCCAGCCUGGUUUUGCAUAUGGCACCUCUUAUAUAACGGAAAUCUUGUGACCUUUACGCUGCAGCAUACUGUGAGAACAGAAUCUGUGCAUCUGUUGUGACAGCUCGGCUCGGCUGAUUGCAGAAGCAGCGGUUUUGAAGUGUCCGUGCCUGAACACAUCUGAGCUUUAGAUCUCAGCUUUGAGAUCUAAAGGAGGGUGGUGCUAAUAUCUGCCAUCUGUAUCUGUGCUAAAAAUUGAAAUGUGCUUCCAAGCAUCUGAGUUUCUGAGAAAAAAGCAGAAGGUUCAGUGUCCACUGUGCACCAACAAUUUCCCGUACAAUACUGUGCAAAGGUCUGAGGCGUAAAACAGUCUAAAACUAUAUGAAAUCAAUCAUCUGUCACCAUUAAAAUGGUAUCAAUUAUCUUACUGUAGGUUCACUGUCCUGCAGUUUUAUAAGAGAUCAGCUGGUGAAUUGUUCCAAAUGUAUUGGAGAACUUGCCACAGCCUCGAUCAAGUUAUUUGAAAAGUGGUGAGUUGCUUAAUAUGUUACUUUAACCAAAUACAUACAUUUUUCUAACAUUGGAAGAUCUACAGGCACGCUAAUGUAUCCAAGACCAAAUUUAUUUAAAAGAAAUCUAGGGUGCCUAAGGCUUUUGCAAAACCUUGUUUACCACAGAACAGAUUUACAUCUAAGUGCACAUUUUGACAUUUUACAUCCUGUCAUACUCUCCUAUCUGUGGUCUCCUUUGGCUCAUCUGUGAAAUGACUACUUGCUCAAAGUCCUGUGACCCCCUCAUGCAAAUGUCAGCGUAAACCAGUGAUUCUCAAAGUGGGCUGGGAGGGUUAGAGGCUAGAAAAAAAACAAAAACGUUAGAAAUAAAAUAAAUCAAUUAGAAAAAAAAUCUAUUAGAAACCAAAAAGACAAUGGCUUCCAAGCAGAAUCGAAGUUGUCAGCGGGACUCACUGGUGUAAACAAACAAGGGGUCAUUUCUCAGAGGUGCGGGAAUAUUGUGACAUUCUGAGCCAGCAGCUGCAUAGCUCUGUGGAUUAAUGAAACUGCCUUCAGUGCUGUCAUGUACUGCCCAUGACUCCUUCAGUCUUUGUGUCUGUCUGACUGUGUGUGGGAAUAAUUGCAUAAAAGAUGAUCUCAAUCCAUCUUUUUGUCUCGAUGGGGAGUGAACGUGCCGAAAGUAGGCCAGAGCACUACAUGUUUUUAUGUUCUGAAUGGUUUCCUACACCCCCCCAAAAAAGAAAUUCUACACUGUUCCCCUGUAAAACCGAAAGCAACUAUUUUCAAAAGCAUUGCUUAACAAUAAAAAGACAUCAAAUGAAAUGAA